GGGAAAUGGGAUGGCUGAAGGACUUCUUCAGCCAGAUGUUUACCGGUGCCACCACGAGCACCUUCUCGUGCGCCGACGCCGAAGUCAUCUUCUUCGGCUGCGGCAAUCGCUUGCAGAGCAUCUACUCGGCCAUUGCAUCGGAUGACUACUUUGAGUUCAUUGGAAUCAGCAAGGUACUCAAUCGCCUCAAGGCGGCAAUUGCCAAAAAGGACUACGGAGGCAAGACCUUCAAGAAUUGGACCAACACGAAGGGAGUUGGAGCCAUCAAGGCAACCACGCCUUGGGUGGGAACCGCCGAGACGAAUGCCCUCCAGUCGAUGGGAGCGCGCACCAAGUUCCGCUCCAAGAUGGAGCUGCUCUGGCAGAUGGCGGCUUCGUGUGUGGUCAUCACCGAUACUAACGUCAAUGACUACAUGCAAUCGACCAACGCACGGAUCUACAACAAGAUGCUUGCGUUGGACAACUGGAUCAGCGCCAACCUCGAUAGCACGUACUCCGACACCGACACCAAGAAGUUUGCAGUGCAGUUCACCAACUUCAUGAACACCUACUCGACGGUCACGACGACGGUGCAAGGGUAUAUCGACACGCUGAUCACGGUGAUGGACGCGGAAUCGGCGCUGCUGACGACCAUCGCCGGCAACUCCGGCCUGACCAACGCGCUGGACGAAGCCAACGAUAUGCUCACGGGCUACGCGGCCCUGAAAAGCAAGUACUCGAGCGUGUGCUCCACCAGUAUCACCUGGGACUUCACCGCCGACGCCAACCCGGCGCUAAAGCGGCGCGACGACGACGAUGACACCGAGACCACGGCGGCGGCGUGUACCAUCAGCUCGUCUCCCACCACCACAGCCAGCGCCUCAGCCUCCAGCGACCCGCUGUGCGUGAUUGGCGAGGACCCGGACGCGGGGAUUAGCGGGGCGUUCUGCGUCUGCACGGGGGCGGCCAGCAACAUCCCGACGAUGACGGGCAGCAACCCGUGCGGCUACACCGUGCUGCCGACCUCGACCUCGACCAACAAGUACCCGUACACGUUCACGGACUCGCUGGGCGACCAGAUAGCGUGCGCCUCGACGACCAAGAAGGUCAGCGACGGCACGACCGUCACCAGCUGCGCGGGCGCCUCGACCACCGUCUCCAUCGACUACGCCAACAACCCGUACCCCUACACCUUCACCGACUUCUUCAGCGACGUGAUCGCCUGCGAGUCCACCACCAUCUACGACGUCGCGGGCUAUGAGCUGACCGAGUGUGCGGGCUCCAGCACGACACUGGUCACCGCCACCACCACUGAAACCGAGGUCAUCACCACCACCGCCCUCAGCGACCUGUGCGUCACCGGCAAUUACUACUCGUGCGUUACCUUCCUGUUCAACUUCCGCAUCGCCUCGUGUCCCGGCACCCCCAAGGCCCGCGCCGAGUGUAUGGAGGACGCUUCUUCGGAUGUGCAGAUUGAGUGUGAGAAGCUGUGUGUCAUGACCACGGGGACGACCACUAUGACGGUGACGACGGCGGCGGCGCCGUAGAGGUAUGGACUUGUGGCUGGCCUCCCUCUCUCUCGGUA